AUGGUCCAGGUAUUCACUGACCCGGCCGUUUCUCGCCAUGCCACCGCCAACUCGGUCUCUGAUAAGCCAGAAGGCGAGGUCAUGUCGAGGGAGGAACAUGCCCAGCGCAUGAAGGAAUUGGCCGCCAAACGGGGUAUGAAAAGAGCCCCGAGCAGAGGAUGGUCCAUGACAGACUACCAGGGAGACUACACUCCUCCCUCCGUGCCUCAACAGCAAACCAUCACACCCCAAUUGGAACGCCAUGCUCCCAUCCCAGAGCACUCUCCUUGGCCACCGUCCACAGCUGCAUCACCAGCACCCUCACCUGCCACCACUCAGCCGGCGCCGCCCAAGGAUGGAACCGUCCAAUUGCCUCGGCGGCCAAAGCUCCCUCCCCCUCGCCGCUCCCACUCGGUCAUGGACUAUGAGCCAGUACCAGUUAAUCAGCCUAAGCCCUCAUCACGCCUCACCCUCCUCGACCUCCCCUCGGAACUCCACUACCUCUUCUGCGACUACCUUGACCCCAUUGACAGCGUGUGCUUCGGCCUCGCCCACUCCAAGCUUUACACCAUCCACCGCCGCAAGUACGGCAAAGUCGCCCUCUCGAGCCGCUACUCCGGCCCCAAUGACUUGGAGUGGGCCUGGCGCGGCGCGGGACCCUUGGUUUCUUCUCCCAACCAGGAUUCCACCAGCGAGAGGGCGCACAUGCGCAUCAAGGGCCAAGUCUACUGCCGGAAGUGUGGCAUCUCCCGUUGCGAGCUCCAUCGCCACCUGAAGGAGUGGAUGGGCGAGGAGAUGGAGUACUGCGAGAUCCGCGAGACGUACGGCAAGCCCGCCAGCGAGGAGCGGAAGCCGUACUGCUACAUGAGCUCACCAAGGAACCCUCACCGAUGCGGUCGACAUGGAGGGAAGAGCCGCAACUAG